GAAACUUGGACCUAUUACCACUUCAUUUACCCAGAGAGGCAGGCAACGUGACAGAGUGAAAAGGGGAAAGUACUACUGCAGGAAAGGUGAAGGCAGGAGAGAUGUUUUAAAGAGUGUCUGUGUCAGAGAAACUCCCAGCCACUGAAGAUGGAGAAUGAAACACUGAGUGAACUGAACCAAACCGAGCUUCAGCCACAAGCAGCACUGGCCCUCGAGUACCAGGUGGUCACCAUCUUACUUGUGCUCAUUAUCUGUGGACUGGGCAUUGUGGGCAACAUCAUGGUAGUCCUGGUGGUCAUGCGAACCAAGCACAUGCGAACCCCUACAAACUGCUACCUGGUGAGUUUGGCUGUGGCAGAUCUCAUGGUCCUGGUAGCUGCCGGCCUCCCCAACAUAACAGACAGCAUCUACGGUUCCUGGGUCUAUGGCUAUGCAGGGUGCCUCUGCAUUACUUAUCUGCAGUACUUGGGAAUUAAUGCAUCCUCAUGUUCAAUAACAGCCUUCACCAUUGAGAGGUACAUAGCAAUCUGUCACCCCAUCAAAGCCCAGUUUCUCUGCACAUUUUCAAGAGCCAAAAAAAUCAUUAUCUUUGUCUGGACCUUCACAUCCAUUUACUGUAUGCUCUGGUUUUUCCUUCUGGAUCUCAAUAUUAGCACCUACAAAGACGCUAUUGUGGUAUCCUGUGGCUACAAGAUCUCCAGGAAUUACUACUCACCCAUUUACCUAAUGGACUUUGGUGUCUUUUAUGUUGUGCCAAUGAUCCUGGCCACUGUGCUUUAUGGAUUUAUAGCCAGAAUCCUCUUCUUAAACCCCAUUCCCUCAGAUCCCAAAGAAAACUCUAAAAUGUGGAAAAGUGACUCGACCCAACAGAACAAGAAUUUGAAUUUAAAUGCCGCUAACAGAUGUUUCAACAGCACUGUAUCUUCUAGGAAGCAGGUCACCAAGAUGCUGGCAGUGGUUGUAAUUCUGUUUGCUCUUUUAUGGAUGCCCUACAGGACUCUUGUGGUUGUCAACUCAUUUCUCUCCAGCCCUUUCCAGGAAAAUUGGUUCUUGCUCUUUUGCAGAAUUUGCAUUUAUCUCAACAGUGCCAUCAACCCAGUGAUUUACAACCUCAUGUCUCAGAAAUUCCGUGCAGCCUUCCGAAAGCUCUGCAAUUGCAAGCAAAAGCCCACAGAGAAACCUGCUAACUACAGUGUGGCCCUAAAUUACAGCGUCAUCAAGGAGUCAGAUCGGUUCAGCACAGAGCUGGAUGACAUCACUGUCACAGACACUUAUGUGUCAACCACAAAAGUGUCAUUUGAUGACACCUGCUUGGCUUCUGAGAAAUAACGAAGGCCAUCGGACCCUGUAAUGCUUUCCUUGUAUGUUUAUUACAUAAACAUGAUCUCAAGUCUUUCAGCAGCUGAUGUCACCCAAGAAAGUUGCACACUGGGAAACAGUUCACUAUUAAGAUUUUCAGCAACAAAUGGACUACACGACACGACUGACAAGUUUAAUCUAUAUCAUUCUUAAUUCAACACCCAAAUAAUCCUCUUUGACAAGAGUAAUCAUGGAUGUAUUCAAUGCUGUCAGA